AUGUUCCGACUUGCGAAGCAUUUUAUGGCCCACGCCCCAUUCUACUUCAACCCGGUCUGGAGGGGAGAGGCAAAUUCCAAGGUCGCGUAUGCAAUCGCCGCAUUCUGGGUAGGGAAUAUGUACCCCUCUGCUAUGAAACUUAGUAUCGGCGUCCCCCUCUUUGAUGUCGAUCAAAACCUGCUUAACAUCCUCGACGACUCGAGUGAUUUGAGAGAUUUCCUCAGCGUUGCAUUUUUGAAGCCUUAUGAGGUCGGCUACUUCCUUCUGAGAGCUUCGUUGUAG